AGCGGGGCAGCGCAUCAUCCAUCUUCUGGGAAAGCAAAGCAGCUCCAGCCAUCUAACGACCGACCAGAAAACAGCAAACAUCAGCCAUCAUGGGAGCCGUGCUGGGACUGUGCUCCAUGGCGAGCUGGAUCCCGUGCCUGUGCGGCAGCGCCCCCUGCCUGCUGUGUCGAUGCUGCCCCAGUGGAAAUAACUCCACGGUGACUCGCCUCAUCUACGCCUUCUUCCUGCUGCUGGGAGUGGGCAUCGCCUGCAUCAUGCUGAUGCCCGGCAUGGAGGGGCAGCUCAAGAAGAUUCCAGGUUUCUGCGAAGGAGGGACGGGUUCGUCUAUUCCCGGCGUGGAGGGCCACGUGAACUGCGAUGUGCUGGUGGGCUACAAGGCUGUGUACCGCGUUUGCUUCGGCAUGGCCAUGUUCUUCCUGCUCUUCUCUCUGCUCAUGAUCAAAGUCAAGAGCAGCCAGGACCCCCGAGCUGCGCUGCACAACGGGUUUUGGUUCUUUAAGUUUGCUGCAGCUGUGGCCAUCACUAUCGGAUCGUUCUUCAUCGCAGAGGGUCCUUUCACUGUUGUGUGGUUCUAUGUCGGCAUGGCCGGAGCCUUCUGCUUCAUCCUCAUCCAGCUGGUGUUACUCAUUGACUUUGCCCACUCCUGGAAUGAGUCCUGGGUGGAGAAGAUGGAGGAGGGAAACUCCCGCUGCUGGUAUGCAGCUCUGUUGUCGGUCACCACGGUGAACUACUUGUUGUCUCUGGUGUCUCUGGUCAUGUUCUACAUCUACUACACCCACUCUGACGGCUGCACUGAAAACAAGGUCUUCAUCAGCAUUAACAUGCUCCUCUGUGUGGCGGCCUCUGUCCUGUCCAUCCUGCCUCAGAUCCAGGAGUCCCAGCCCAGGUCUGGCCUGCUGCAGUCCUCCCUGGUUACCCUGUACACCAUGUACCUGACCUGGUCUGCCAUGACCAAUGAGCCCGACAGGAAAUGUAACCCGAGCCUUCUGGGUAUUAUCGGGCUGAACAGCACCAGCCCUGCAGGUCAGGACCAUGUGGUUCAGUGGUGGGAUGCCCAGGGCAUUGUGGGAUUGAUCCUUUUCCUUAUGUGUGUCCUCUACUCCAGUAUUCGUAACUCAUCCAACGCCCAGGUGAACAAGCUGACUCUGACCAGUGACGAGUCGGCUCUGAUCGAAGACGGGCCUCAGACUGACGGCUUCGAGGAGGGCGGAGUCAACAGGGCUGUGGACAAUGAGAGGGACGGCGUCACCUACUCCUACUCUUUCUUCCACUUCAUGCUGUUCCUGGCGUCGCUCUACAUCAUGAUGACGCUCACCAACUGGUACAGCCCUGACGCCAACUAUGAGGCCAUGACCAGCAAGUGGCCGUCGGUGUGGGUGAAGAUCUCCUCCAGCUGGAUCUGCAUCGCCCUCUACGUGUGGACGCUGGUGGCUCCGCUGGUCCUGGUCAACAGAGACUUUGACUGAAACAUACACGCACUGUCCCGCCGCUCAUACAAGCAUCCAUCCACGCUCUGCUUCACCUGUGUUUUGUUUCAGCAAAGUCAGUAAAACAGUAGGUAGCUAACCCCGCGUCAGUUACCGCCGGAGGGGCCGGGGCUGCGCUCAGAGCGGCUGUUUGAGGACCGUGCAGUUUGGCGGCUGUCUGUGCAGUCUGUUGAAGCUGCAGGGAUGAUGGAUAGAAAGUGCUGUUUAAACCUCCCAGCUUUGACUGCAGCCCAGCCUCCUCUGGUGUUAGCGUCAUUGUGAAUCCUCAACAGCCUGUUGCCGUGGUUUCCCCCAUUGUAAAUAUAUCCUGUGUACUCCCAGUGGAUGGUUUUCUUUCUGUAAAGACAGAGCUGCAUGCUUUUCCUUUAAAACUUGAUGUGACAUUAACAGUAGCUGUAUCCGAAGCUUUUAUGAGGAUGUUGACUGCUUUGAUCGGUAACACUUGAACUCUGACUGCAGUAUUACAUACGGAAACGCUGUUAUGCCUAGAUUGUGCUGUCGUCAGAUGGAUUCUGUUGUGAAUGAGCAGGACUCCAGCUGUGAGAGACGAGAGCUGUUAGUAGUUCACCACCAUCGCCAGGCAUGAGCAGUGCUGUGUAGCGUUGUGUGUGUGGUAUUCUAGUCACCUGCUAUCAUGUGUUUAAGUUCUACCAGCUUGCACAUACACAACAAAGGCAUUCCCAUUUUUGUUGCUUCUGAUUUGGAUUUUGACUUUAAAUGUAAAAUUGAUUGUUUGAAGCCUUCUAGGUGAUAAGUUAUUUGGUAGUGUUUAACAUUAGCAUGUAGUUUUCUCAAACAUUGUGCGUGUACAUUUGUAUAAUUGUCUCACCUGUGCUUUUAUCCUUAAUGAGGUUUUUCUCUUGACAUGUAAAAGUAUAUUGUAACUCGUUUAAUAAAAGCGAGGAAAAAGAA